AUGGAUACCUCGAACCCUCUGGCCAAGGUCACCUGUGAUGCGCUGGAUUUUAUUUUCGGCAACGAGCAGCGGCUGGUGCAGCUUAAGCGAAAAACGAAUUUGCUGAAGGCGCAUCUCCUAGCUAAGCGGUUGGAUCCUGAGGAGUGCGACCUUAGGGAUAGUUUGCCCGCGGGCAUGAAAAAGGUUCUUGGGUCCAAGAGGUUGGUCCUGUGGGAGCGUUUGCUUCGUCAAGAGGGAUACGAUGACGUGGGCAUCGUUGAGUGCAUGAAGCGUGGUGUCCCAUUGGGCACUCCUGACACUCCCCCGUGUUACGAUGCCAAGCUGACUCCCGCGACCAUCACGGAGGAUCAGCUCCGCGACAAUGCCAUAUGGAGGAGGAAGACCUUGAUUGCUAAACCUUUGAGCGUGGCCGAUGAGUGCUUUGACCCCUUGGAAGCUGCUUGCAAGGAAGAGCUUGAGAAGGGCUCUGUCGAAGGACCUUUCUUCAGUGAAGACGAAGACGCUGAUUAUUUUGCAAGCCUUGCCUUGGACAUCAGCAAGCGUGUCGCCGAUGCGGCCAAUCGGCCUGACCUUGCCAAGUGGUUUUGUGCAGAAGUGAAAUGCACGCUGCAACAGACGCCGCCUCGCACCUUGCGGCUCGCGGCCGACCAUGGCGUUCUUCACUUGUACGUUGAUGGCUCGUGGGAACGAGGUUUUGCCGGUCUUGGCGCUGUCUUGACCGAUCCAUCUUCAGGUGCAGGCCGUGUGUGGCAGGGCGUGGUACUGCCAGCCAUCAUCUCAAAGUGGGAGAGCGAGGUGGGUGACCAUCUCAUAUGCCAGAUAGAGGUGUAUGCAGCGCUGUGCAUGCGAGACUAUCUCAAGUGCUUCCUGAAGGAUCGGAAGCUGAUCCUAUGGACCGACAACGACGCGACACGUCUUUGCUUGGUGAAGGGGCGCAGUCCGAGCCCGUCGAUGCAUGACAUGGUCAAGCGAUUUGGGAGGGCCGACGUGGAGCAUCCUUGUUACCUGUGGGUAGACCGAGUGCCAUCAAUGUCGAACCCUGCCGAUGCUCCUAGCACGAGGCACGAGCACCAGAUGGCGAUGCUGGAGGCCGAUCGCAGCUUCGUGUUCUUCCUGGAGACGGGGCCUCAUGGGAUGGUGGGACUGUUGGUGCAAGCCAGUCAAAACUGGCAUCAACAGUUCGAGCUGGGAAACAUCAAACAGUCACUCAGGUCCACGUUGUGGGGGGUCCUGCUGAUGGAGUGGCAGGCUCGGCUGGAGAAGAUCGAGACGGACACGCAGGCUCUGCAGACAACGGAGGCAGCCGGUUGGAUUUCGCGGUCUCCGCUCCAAUGGGCUUAUACGGAAUGGCAUGCAGAGCAGCGGAAGGCACUCCCUUCCAGUCGCGACAAUCUCACUCACGACAAUGCGAAGAAAGCAGUGGCCAGGCUGCUCAAGCUCACGGCGAAGGAUGGCAUCGUUCACAGGUUUCAGAGUCUCAAACCUCUGAAACCAGAGCUCCAAGCAGAAGUGAUCGUGAUGUUGCUCACGCUCACCAUUCACCAACACGCAGCGGAGAUCUACGAGGACUUGAACACGCUCGCAAACAACAGCGCAGGCAAGAUCAUCGGCUUGCGCCUCCGAAGGGAAAGGGUCGGAAAAUCAGCACUGGCGAAGGAGCUGGAGCGCCUGCACAUCUGA